CUAAUGCAAACCUAUAAGAGGAAGGAUAAUCGGGUGAGCGGUAUCAGUCCUUAGUUGUUCCCGCAACCCGAUUGUUUAAACGUUUUAUCUGUUUUUCAAUUCGCAAAGGUUCCAAGCUUAAUAUCUCAAGGAUGAGGGGGCUCUUCCUAUUAUUGUGCGUUUGUCUAGUGCAAAGCGGACUGACAAAGAAGCAGUCUCGCGAGAGUUACGAUUACGAGCUAUCGCUCGGUGAACCCGGAACCGGUUCCAUUCUACUUCCACCUCAACAGAAAGUUCUCCAGCCGGGAUACAGCGUGGGCGGCCCCUUGGCGAAUAUCGCGAAGGGCGCGGCGGAGCAAGCUCACACCCAGUUGAGCAACCAGGAGUCCGCGGCUGGACAGGCGGCGUACGUAGCUAAAAAUACUUUGGCUCAGGCUGCCUCGCAAUCGGCAGCUACCGCAGCCGCGGCGUUGACCGGAAAGCAGAUCGUCGUCCAAGGAUUGGAGCAACAGUCUAGAGACGCGCACGUAGCGGUGGACAAUGAGGCUCUGCAGCUGCAGCAAGCGGAAAGAUCCGCGAAUGCGGCCAAGAACGCGGCUAAGCAAGCCAUGCACCAGGUGCAGGUGAUCACGGCGGCUUUGAACGCUGCGCAAGUUACCGCUGAUCGUGCGCAACAAGCUGCGGCCGAAGCUGAAGCCGAAUUAGCCGCGCAGACCACG